CCGUUCUUGCCAAACAACCCCAUAGUCGUGUGGUGACUGUGUCUGAGUCUCGUAUUUGUGGUCAUGGAGGAGCAGCAGCAGUGCAGGGAAGAAGAACCCAAAAAGCUAUCAACGCUCAGUGAGAAACCGAUGUUGGGAAGGGUAAGAGCGACGCCAAAGCGCUUCGUGAAGAGCCAAAUCCCGGAUUCCAUCCUCAACAACCCAGCCCUCAACGCCGCCAUCGCGCUCCUCCCCUCCAACUACAACUUCGAGGUCCACAAGUGCGUGUGGCGCGCGGUCUCCACCAACGCCAAGCGCGUGGCCCUCCAGCUCCCGGAGGGCCUCCUCAUGUACUCCCUCAUCCUCUCCGACAUCCUCACCUCCUUCGCCUCCGUCUCCCACUGCUUCAUCCUGGGCGACGUCACCUACGGCGCCUGCUGCGUCGACGACCUCUCGGCCUCGGCCCUCGGCGCCGACCUCCUCAUCCACUACGGCCACAGCUGCUUGAUCCCCAUCGACUGCACAUCCAUCCCCUGCCUAUACAUCUUCGUCGACAUCCAAAUCGACACCCACCGCCUCCUCCAAACCCUAACCCUAAAUCUCCCCACCACCAAAACCCUCGUCCUCGCCGGCACUAUCCAAUUCGCUUCGGCCAUCCGAACCAUCAAGCCCGACCUGGAAAACCACGGUUUCCGGGUCUCGAUCCCGCAAUCGAAGCCUUUAUCCGCCGGCGAGGUCCUCGGUUGCACCGCCCCUAGGAUUCGCACGGUUGGUGAGGAGGAGAGCGUGAUAGUGUUCGUGGCGGACGGGAGGUUCCAUCUGGAAGCGAUGAUGAUAGCGAACCCAGGCAUUAGGGCGUUUCGCUACGACCCCUACAUGGGAAAGUUAUUCUCAGAGGAGUAUGAUCAUGAGGGCAUGAAGGAGGCGAGGAAGAGUGCAAUUUUGAGGGCCAGGAGGGAGGCCAAGAGUUGGGGCAUUGUGUUGGGGACAUUAGGGAGGCAAGGGAAUCCUCGGAUUCUCGAGAGGUUGGAGCGGAGAAUGGAAGAGAAUGGCUUCGAUUACACAGUUGUUCUGAUGUCGGAGAUUAGUCCCCAGAGGGUGGCAUUGUUCGGGGACUCCGUGGAUGCUUGGAUUCAGAUAGCAUGUCCUAGGUUGUCCAUCGAUUGGGGUGAGGCAUUCCAGAAGCCGCUCUUGACGCCGUUCGAGGCCGAGAUUGCACUCGGCUUUGUACCCGGUUGGUGGGAGAAGAGUACGGUUACUUCGGGUACUGGGUGCUGCGACAAGAGCCAGUCGUACUGUGGGUGUGGAAACGGGGAUUAUCCCAUGGAUUAUUAUGCUCAGGAUGGUGGGGACUGGAAUUCCUCUUAUGUGAAGAACAACAAGUCGUCCCGCCCUGUCAGGAGAAAUUUGGUGUCUUCUCAUGUUGCUGUUUCCUAACACUGUCCUAUUAUAUACCAAGCGGGUCUGGUUGCAAAGCCAUCUGGUGACUAAUUUUACCUAUAUGAAACCAACUGAAUGGAAGAAGACCGAAGUUGUGGUGCAAAGUUAUGCAUGCGUCAAAUGCCCCAAAAGUUUUGUGCUUCCAACUGUGAAUCAUGCAAACUAGAUUGCUUGACAACAUUGAAGGUGACUGCAAGAAGAUGGCAAUUGUCAAACAUGAAAUUACUUGUCUCCUCGUUGUCAUGUGCUGCAUUGCAACCUGUGCUUUCAGGGACAAUAGUUUGGACAAUGAUCAUCGGAACAGACCAGGCUGGAUUAUACAUUAGCAUGUAGAGUGUUUUUAGGUGACUUCCUCUUAUUUUCUGGAAUAUAUCUUCUUUCUUAUAGAGAAUUUUCUUCUUUCUUUUAAA